GUCAAUUUCUUGAUACUGUCAUUAAUCUGGAACCCUGAGCUCGAAUAGAUCGUGUGCCUGAAGUCCAAAUCACCAAAGUAUUUCGAUCGAGGCAUAUUCGCCCGUUAUACCUCGGUGGUGAGGUGUUGUGUCGACCUCUCAGCGCUUCUCUUCCACGCUGUAGCUCUCCUUUCACUGUGACUUCGAUUUGGACUGGGUCAUUGUACAAUUCUUGUACAAUUUGGACUUGACUCCCAUUCGGUUGCCCCAGCUCUAUUCCGACUGAAUACCUAGGCUGCGCACUCGCAUGUAUCGCUACACUCGCUUGACGUGACAUACCACAACUCGCUUGUUCCGACUUCUAGUCGAUCAUUUUUACAUCCUGUUUACGAGUUACAAGUAACGACAGUCUCUCGUUGUCAAGCUAUUUCUUGUUCACCAUUCUGCUAUCUGCUAGUAUAUAGGCCUCCAUGGCACCUAGACGUCUUGCGGUGUCUUUGAACCCGCUUUGGUAUCAUUAUGUUGCUGCUGCGACGUUAGGAUGCGCAUUGCUUUUGGGUCUGUUUCGAUAUUAUGUUAUAGACCGUUUGGAUCCCAUACAUUGUAAUGCAUUGUUGACUAAGGGCAGAUGGUUAGACCAUGCGUUCAAGAACUGGCAGCCGGAAGGUUGUAUGAUGUACAACUAUCAACCAAAAGACGUGGAGACAUGCAUAAACACGAAACCUAUAGUCUUCAUUGGAGACUCCGUCACGCGCCAACUCUUCUUCCAGACGGCACAUGUCGUUGAUAGUACUCUACCUUCUGCACCUCCCGAUGAUGAACACAAACACUCAGAUCAUCUCCUGACUGCAAAGUCAGGCAUACAACUCUCUUUCCAUUGGGAUCCUUUCCUCAACACCUCUGACACUCAGAAGUACAUUCAUCCAAACGUCUAUCAGGCGGGGGAACGACCGGCUUUGCUUGUCGUUGGAUCCGGUUUGUGGUAUCUUCGUUAUCCGGAUUCAGGUGGACUGCCUGCUUGGGAGUUGAAGAUCGAGUCGACGUUGGAUGCACUGUCGGAUCCCGCAAAUAGACCGGCAGACACGGUAGCUUUCCUGCCUGUCGAAGAUGUCAUACCAAGUAAACUCUCAAAGGAUCGUGCAGAGUCUAUGCGUAGCUCAGACAUCGACGCCAUGAACUCCGACCUCCUCCAUCGUAUCAGACCACCGCAUAUUAACGAUCCGUUUGCAUUUUUCGCCCCCGCUUCACAACGAGAAUCCCCAAUUGCGCUUCCCUUGGUCUUCAAUUCGAUGUUGGACCCGUCUCAGACAGACGAUGGAUUACAUUUCUCCGAUACAGUUGUGAAGAUGCAGGCAAAUGUGUUGUUGAAUUUGCGAUGCAACGACGUGCUGCCGAAAACAUUCCCGAUAGACAAGACUUGUUGUAGGAGCUACCCUUGGCCUUCACCGAUACAUUUACUUGUAUUGGCGGCUGUGAUUCUAUGGGGUCCCGUCAUUUGGUUCCUUCCUCGUAGACUUGGUGGAAACGCAAACAUGCCCUGGGUAACCGAAGAGCAGAUCCCUGCUCUUGUCAUCAGUGGUUCCCUCGCCCUCAUAUAUCUGGCCGACAGAACGGGUUUCUGGCUCAAGGAACAGAAGCAGUUCAGUCCUUGGUCUUUCGGGUUCCUUUGCUUCCUCAGUCUUGCUGUUGGCCUGCUCACUGUCAAGCGAGCAGACAACGACCUUGGAUUCCUCAAUCGGGAUCAAACUGAUGAAUGGAAAGGUUGGAUGCAGAUCGCGAUUUUGAUCUAUCACUAUUUCGGGGCGUCGAAGAUCUCAGGAAUAUAUAACCCUAUUCGUGUUCUGGUUGCCUCAUAUCUGUUCAUGACAGGUUAUGGACAUACGACGUUCUACAUCAAGAAGGCCGACUUUGGUUUUUUGCGUGUCGCGCACGUAAGUACUCUCACUUUGCACAGACAGUUUUCGAUUGAACGAUACCUCGUCCAGAUCCUAGUCCGCCUCAAUCUAUAUACACUGUUUCUUGCAUAUACCAUGAACACGGAUUACAUCUCCUACUACUUUUCUCCACUGGUCUCAAUGUGGUACCUCAUCAUCUACGGAACCAUGUUUGCCGGAUCGCAAUACAACGACCGCACCGUCUUCCUUGUCGGCAAGAUCUUGCUCUCCAUGGCACUUGUCACUUGGUUCAUGAAGGAACCUUGGCUUCUGGAGACGGUGUUUAGUUUCUUGGAACACCUAUGCGGGAUUCAUUGGUCCGCACGCGAAUGGUCUUUCCGCGCCAAUCUUGAUCUGUGGAUCGUCUACUUUGGCAUGUUCACAGCAAUCGCCGUCAUCAAGAUUCGUGAAUACCGACUGACGGACAUUCCUCAAUGGCCUCUCGUUGCGAAAGGUGGCAUAGGACUGUCCGCUGUAGUCCUUUUAUGGUAUUUCGCGUUCGAACUUUCGCAACCGGACAAGUUCGUAUACAACACCUGGCAUCCGUACAUCUCAUUCCUCCCCGUUGGUGCCUUCGUGGUGUUGAGGAACGCCAAUGGCGUCCUGCGUUCUGCUUCCUCCAAAGCAUUCGCCUUCAUCGGUAGAUGUUCACUCGAAACUUUCAUCAUUCAAUACCACCUUUGGUUGGCCGGAGAUACCAAGGGCAUUCUGUUAGUCAUUCCUGGUACUCGCUGGCGUCCUCUCAAUAUGGUUUUGACCACGAUCGUGUUUAUUUACAUCUCGCACCGUGUCGCAGAAGCCACAGGAGAGAUCACGAAAUGGAUAUGCGGUACGAAGAAACCACCCUCGCUCCCUACUGUCGCCGAAACGAGCAAUCGUCAAUCUGCGCCGUCGUCUCAGAAUGAGGGUGCAGAGGUCAUUUUCAUGGCUCCAGAGGACGAUUCGUCUAACCAGAAGGAAGAGGGGAGUGCGCCGUCACGAGAGCCUGACACGCCUGGACGUCCUGGCAGGAGAUGGGUUGACCGACUAGCGGACGACUCUUCGUCUCAAACAUCUUCACGCGCUGGGUUCAGGGUGUGGUAUGGGGAGACGGAGUGGAAUCCAGGAGUGGCGACAAAGCUUCUCAUCGGAUUCGCUACGCUUUGGCUAGUGAAUAUUGUGUGGCCCUAUCCUUGAGCUUCAGUCCGUAACUUUGCUUUUCUAUGGAUGUCGCACGUUUCAGACUCAUUGACAAUUAUAUCUUUAUACCCUUGCAUAUUGUAUUCCGGAUCAUAACUAUUGUACAUAACAUGAUAUUAGUUCUCAGAACUACACAAGGAACCCUGGAAGGAGUGAGCAAUCAGUAAGGACGUUCUUGAGGGAAAGCACAGAAAGAUCAUU